CAGGCUACUACAUCUGACUGGCGUCGAGCUAUAGCUGAAUUCUUAUGGGCUGACAGCUUCUUUGUCACCAUCAGUAUCCCGUGCUUUCAGUGGUUGGAACAUUGCUUCAUACCAACCCCGUGGCUCAGAUUAGUUCAUAUAGUCGCGCACAAUUCCAGAAAAGCAACAUUUUUGCUGAUUCAGUUGUUCCAUUCCUCUCAAACCAUGGACCCCCAGAUGGCGAUGGACUUGGACAAUACAGAGCCCCGAGGCACGAAAAGAUCUGCCGAGGACAGUGAGGAGCCACAGAGACCAAAAAGGAUCAGAGCCUUAGACCCCGAUGUUGUAAACAAAAUUGCAGCUGGGGAGAUUAUAGUGGCUCCUAUGCAUGCGCUGAAAGAGCUAAUCGAGAACGCUGUUGAUGCUGGAUCGACCUCGAUCGAGAUUCUGGUGAAAGAUGGUGGAUUGAAGCUCCUUCAGAUUACUGACAAUGGUCAUGGCAUCGACAGAGACGACCUUCCUAUCCUGUGUGAAAGAUUUACAACCUCCAAGCUUAAGCAGUUUGAGGACCUUUCAUCCAUAGGUACGUACGGUUUCCGAGGCGAGGCUUUGGCAAGUAUCAGCCAUAUUGCCCAUCUCACCGUGACCACGAAAACUGCCGGAUCCAGCUGCGCAUGGAGAGCACACUAUAGCGAUGGGAAGCUUGUCCCCCCUAAACCUGGACAAAGUGCUGCGCCCAAAGCCACCGCGGGACGCGGUGGUACGCAAAUAACUGUAGAGGACCUGUUCUACAAUGUACCGACAAGGCGUCGGGCUUUCCGAUCAGCAAGUGAAGAAUACGCCAAAAUCCUCGAUGUAGUCGGUCGAUACUCCGUCCAUUGCUCGGGUGUGGCCUUCUCCUGCCGCAAGCAUGGUGAUUCAGGCGUCAGUGUCUCCACUCCAGCAGCAGCGAAUACAAUAGACCGAAUUCGUCAAAUCCACGGCAGCGCAGUCGCCAAAGAACUUGUCGAAUUCAAUGUCGAAGAUGACAAGCUGGGCUUCCGCUCAUCUGGCUUUGCCACGAACGCGAAUUACCAUGUCAAGAGAACUACCAUACUCCUUUUCAUCAAUCACCGCUCGGUCGAAUCCACAGCCAUCAAGCGAGCAGUCGAACAAACAUACUCCAGCUUCCUCCCCAAGGGAGGACACCCAUUUGCCUACAUCGACCUCGAAAUCGAACCACAGCGUGUCGACGUCAACGUACAUCCCACAAAACGCGAAGUGAAUUUCCUCAACGAAGACGAAAUCAUCGAAUGCAUCUGCAACGAAAUCCGCUCCAAACUGGCUCAAGUAGACUCAAGCCGGACUUUCCUCACCCAAACCCUCCUCCCAGGUGUAACAACAAUGGAGCCCGCAAACCGCGACACCGAAGGCACAGACACCGUACCCAAGACCCCAUCCACGGCCAAAAAGCCAUACGAACAUAACCUCGUCCGCACCGACUCCAAAGUCCGCAAAAUCACCUCCAUGCUCACCCCAGCCACACCACACACGCCCACAGCCUCCCAAGCAGACACCACCACCAUCCUUGACGAAGGCCUCCAAUACGAAACCACCUCCCGCGAACCCCACCGCAUCAGCUUCACAUCCGUGAAGAACCUCCGCGCCUCCGUCCGCAACUCCAUGCACAACACUCUAACCGAAACCAUCGCCUCCCACACCUACGUCGGGCUCGUCGACGAACGCCGCCGAAUCGCAGCCAUCCAAUCCGGCGUCAAACUCUACCUAAUCGACUACGGCAUGUUCUGCACCGAAUUCUUCUACCAAAUUGGCCUUACAGACUUCGCCAACUUCGGCGUCAUCAAGCUCUCCCCACCACCCAAACUCAUCGACCUCCUCCGCAUCGCCGCAGACACCGAACGCACCCAAUCAUCCCAAGAAUCAACAGCAGAAGAAGCCAACGUAAUCUUCACCAACGCCCCGGACCUCGUCGCCGAAACCCUCAUCGACCGCCGCGAAAUGCUAAACGAGUACUUCUCCCUCGAAAUCUCACCAGACGGAGACCUCCUCUCCAUCCCCUUACUCCUGAAAGGCUACCUCCCCAGCCUGGGCAAACUGCCCCGAUUUCUCCUCAGACUGGGUCCCUACGUCGACUGGACGAGCGAGGAGGAAUGCUUCCGCACAUUCCUGCGAGAGCUUGCGGCUUUUUAUACCCCUGAGCAGUUGCCCCCGCCUCCGAACGUGCAGAAGAGUAAUGAUGCAGGAGCAGAAGGGGAAGGGGAAGUGGAGGAGGAGUUCAUCACGCAGAGACGGGCGCAGAUGGCGCGGAUGCUGGAACAUGUGGUAUUCCCGGCGUUGAGGGCGCGGAUGGUUGCUACGACGCGGCUGCUGAAGGGGGUGGUGGAGGUGGCGGAUUUGAAGGGGUUGUACAGGGUUUUUGAGCGGUGUUGAUUUAGCUGAGGAUCUGAAUUCUGGUAUCUAUUGGAUAAUUGUAAGGGAG